UAUUAUUUUAAUGUAUUCACUACAAUAUAUACUAUAUACAUACUACAUGGCUGUAUGGGUACCACCUACGUUUUACAUUAUUCUUGUGUCGUUCAACAGUCGGUAGUCAUCGUAAUAGUUUUAAAAUAAUAUUGUAAUCGUUUUAGAUUUACAUAUUUUAUUGUUUCGAGUUGCGUAUUUACGUGUUAUCCAAUAUCGACACUCCGACACUCCGAGUCGCGAUCAUCACGACUUUAGUAUUUGAUAUCGUUAAUUUUUUUUCACUCAACUGAUCAGGUGUUAUUGUUUCAUUAUUUUAUUUACUGUUGUACAUAUAUAGUUGUUUUAACAUGACUGUUUUAUCGAAAAAAAAGGCUCAGGCCCUUUCGGAAGAAUGUGAACCCUCGUCGAGUGCACACGGGCAUGCCUUACCUCUUUCAACGGCUCAAGCUCAUUCUCAAAUAAACACAUUAGAUGAUCGAAUCAAGUCUCCACAAAGAUGGUCUGUAGAAAAUAUUGAUAAUGUUUUAUGUUCAAAACAAGGAAAACGCAGGAUUCACCGUAGUCCUCACAGAAAUACAAGAAGUAGUAAAGGUCGUGAUAGAGACAAUAGAUCAUCUCAAAGUCCUGGUACUUGUCAGUGUGGAGCCACCGACUUGAAUGGUCACUGCAGUUCAGAAAAAUGUGGAUAUAAUAGUGAGGAUGAAUACGGCGAAAUUCCAAAGCAAUUUAAUGACAUGGAAUGGGCUGAGCAAGAUCGUAUCUUUGAAAAAGAGCUGAAAAAAUGUGAUCUGAUUUUAAAACAAAUGAAAGAUGACGGUGCAUGUCUAUUUAGAGCUGUAUCAGAUCAAUUAUAUGGCGACCAAGAUAUGCAUGAUAUAGUUCGUAAACAAUGCAUGGAUUAUGUUUCAAGCAAUAAAGAUUACUAUAUGCAGUAUGUUACUGAAGAUUUCAACACUUAUAUUGCUCGUAAAAGACUAGAUCGGACUCAUGGAAACCAUGUGGAAAUACAUGCUAUGUCUGAGUUAUAUAACCGCCCAAUUGAAGUUUAUUGUUAUGACAUUGAACCAAUAAACAUUUUCAAUAGAGCUAACACAUCAGAGUCCUCUAAUCCACCGAUAAGAUUGUCUUAUCAAAGAGGAAGUCAUUAUAACAGUAUUGUAGAUCCACAUAAAGCAACAAUUGGUAUAGGAUUAGGAUUACCAAGUUUUUCACCUGGUUCAGCCGAUAAAAAAUUGUUGACUGAUGCUGUUCGCCAAAGCGAAGAUUACAUGUUAGAACAGACAAUGUUAGAAGAUAAACUCAGAGCUACAGAUUGGGAAGCCACAAAUGAUACAAUUGAAGAACAAAUAGCACGUGAAAGUUAUUUACAAUUUUUAAAAGAUAACGAAAAAAGAAAUAAAAAUGAUAAAGAGUCGUCAGCCACAUCAACUGCCACUUCUGCAUCUAUUAUCAAAUCAUAUCAAUCUCGAACUUCGCCUCCAAGAUAUUCAGUUGGACCUAAAACUCCACCUAAUUUAUCUCCUCGUAGAGAUCGUUCAGAAAUAGAUAAUCCAACAUUUGUCACAUUACCUCCACAUCUUUUUGGCAUGUCAAAAUGGGAAGAUAUUGGUAUCCUAACAAAAGUGUUGGCUACUUCACAACAAGAGUACCUUGAUAGUUUAAAAAGACAACGUGAUGAACACAAAGAAGAAGGAGAUAAGAAAUAUUUAUAUGAUUCAGAAAAACCAUCUACUUCUCAAUGAAAUUAGAAAACAAUGAUAAUGUUGAUAAGAUAUACAUUAUGCAUUAUUAUUAAGAUCAACAAAUUUUUCUCGCGGUUUUUAUUUGAAAAUUAUUUUUAUUUUAAUCUAUCAUGAGCUUUUAUAUCUUGCCCGGGUGGCCUCAAAAGUUAUUUCACUGUUCACAUAUUUUUCAUUCAAUCAAAUUUUUACAUUUAUAAAUUCAAAUAAUUUUUUUAAUUUUAAUAGUUAAGGUACUCGUUUGUUUUUUAACCACUUAAAAUUUAUCAUCCUCCCAUCUGGCAACGUUACGCCAGCAUACUUUAAUCUAAAGUUUUGAUAUCUCUAUACCUCAAUAUUUUACAUGUAGGUUAGUAUAGUACAGCCAUGUCAAACACGCGGGUCGCAUGUGGCAUCUGGCUUAUUUUGUUAUGGCCUGUGGAUAGCAAUUAUAAUGAACAAUUUAUUGAAAAAAAAAUGAAUAAUAAAAGUUAUACAAUUUUCCUUUUGUGUCACAACUAUGUUAGUAAGAGGUAUACAUCAUUACUUUUUUGUAUUAUCUUCUGAUAAAAUGUAAUUGAAUGAGUAUUGUAUAGUGUUAUAAAUGAUGAAUACAAUUGAAAAUUUGUUUGAAAUGUGUUUUUUUGAUAAAUUAUGUGCACAGUAAAUGUGCCUGCAUAGUCAACUAUUCAAUAUAUUUAGCCCUGUUCAUAGUAUAAGUUUGACAUGCCUAGUUUAAUAUGUGAUAUAUUUAUGGAAAAUGGUAAAUACUUCUAAAAUAUUUGAUAUUUAAUAAUCUCUUUAGGAAAUGUCCUUAUUUUCUGUAUUUAUUAUGAAAUAUUAAUUAUUAAUUAUGCUGCUAUUAAUCCUAAAGAAUACAUUAAUACUAUUUACGUUUAUUUAAAAGUUGACGUGUGGCAGUAAAUUUAAAAAACAAUGGCAUAGUGAUAGAUAAAUUGUAUGGGUGAUAAAUUUUAUACUGAGUGGUGGCAAGGCAAUAAUAGCAAACAAGUACAAUUUCUUAUAAAAUACUUGAGUAUAUUCAAUUUUAAAUUGUUUUUCAUUUGAUCAAGCUAAUUUUUUAGUAAUAAAAAUUUGGAUAAGAAUAAAUGAUUUUGUUUUACAAAACUUUAGUGAUCAGUGAGUUCUAACAAACACACAUCAUUUUAAUGUAUUAUAUAGAUCAAGGGUGGCUAACAGGUUGAUCACAACAUGAUAUUGAAUUGAUCCCGACUUCCUUUAGUCAUUAAUUAUAGAUGUAUAAGUUACCUCCUUUUUUCUUUCGGUAAUUUAUUAAAUCGGGUUAAGUCAAUGUUGGUUGCAACAAACCAGAAGAACUCAAGUAUUAUCAUAAGUUCAUUUAAGUGGGCCACCCUAGAUUUAAUAAAAAUAAUGUAGUUGAGUUAUUAUAUUACAUAAUAUUGUAAUUUAUUGUUUGACUUAAUGAAAAUGAAAACUUAAUGAAAGCUACUCAUGAGUCAUGGUAGAUUAAAGUAUGUAGUCCUAUUUAAUUUAAUUGAUUUUUAUCCACCUAAGUUAAAUAUUUUUUAAUAUUCUGUAUUUUUAAAACAUUUGCUGUACUCUUUGACGAACAGUCCAAUUAAGAUAAAAUAAUUGGGGACGACCCCCAUUUAGAUUUUAGUUAAGCAAAAUGUAUUAAUAUUGCAUUAAAAAUUCUAAAUCUUUCAAUUUAAAAUUGACUCUAAUUAAUAUUUUAUAGGUAAGGACCGGAUUUUUGUGCACCAAAUAUCUGAUCAACUUGCAGUUAAAAUGCUGACGAGUAUAAAAUGUGUAAUUUAUGAAUUAGAGCUUCGUUUCUCAAAGUGUGGGUCGACUGGUGGGUCGUCAGUCAAUUUUUGGUGGGUCUCAAACUUUUUUUUGUGAAUUUUAUAGAUUCCAAAAAAUGUGUGAUAGGUACCUCAUUAUUAAAAGUACAUUUUAAUUAUAUUAACUAUAAUUUUACUCAUAUUAAUUACUAACUUAUAAAAAACUAAGUACCUAUUAAAAAUGUAUACAUAUUUAUAUGAUACAAAUUUUGUUUUUGACUACUUUUUGAAAAGUGAAACAAUGUAGGUCGCGAAAGAUUUUUCAACUGAAAUUUGGGUCGCAGUACUAAAAAGAUGGAGAACCACUGAAUUAAUGAACAAUUUUUUCACUUUAGGUAUGUAAAAUUAUAUUUCCAUUACCAUUUAUUGUAUACUAGCUGUGCACAUGGUCAUUGCCUGUAAAAAAGCCAAUAUAUGAUUCAAACUUUGUCCAAUUUGUUCUUUAAUAUUUAGGGUAAUGGUGUUCAAAACUUUUUAAAAAAUGUAUACAUAUUCGUGCAAAAUAUAAAUUUGUUCAAAUUAGUCUAAUUCGCUUGAUUCGGAUUUAUAACUUGUUUCUAUAGAUUCUGGAACUCAAUAUAAAGUUGCAUUUGCACGAGAAUCUGGUCUUUUUUUUUUAGGCUUUAUGUUGAUGUUAUCUUUUUUUUCAUAAGCACUGCCUUAAUAGCCCAAUUUUAGUUUUAUCUUUAUAUUCAGUUAUAUUCAGGGCUUUUAGAGUGCAUGUACUAAGAAAACACUAGAAUAUAUAUGCAACUAAAAUUGCUCAAAUAAGUAAAAAAAUCUUUAAAUGCAAUAAAAACAUACAAAUCUACUACAAGCAUUAUUUUUGCUGUCUAACUUUUUUAAUAAGAUAUAACAAUAUUAAUCAUAUUAUAAAAUGUAAAUGGUAUUUUUAAAUUUUUAAACAAAUUUUGUUUUUGAUUGUCAUAAAAAAAAUUGGUAGGCACUUACACUAAAACUUUCAACCAUUUGUUAACAAUAACUUAAACAAAUUUAAAAUGCUUGAUUAUUCCAAAAUAUGCCAAAUAUUUAAAACUUCAAAAUAGGUAUGCAAUAUUAUACAAAAUAAAAGCCUAUUACCUUGAAAUGAAUUUCCGUGUUACCAUUGUGGACACUUUAAAAAGGUGCUAUUGAAAUUAAAUUAAUUAUUCAGUGCUUAUUCAAUAGACAAUUUUACAUUUUACUUUAUACACUCGCAAUGAUUGUUUCACGGAGAGUUUAUAGAAAUCACUUAUUUUAAUUCCAGUUUGUAAAUAGCUUUUUGUAUGUACUUUGUUUAUAUGAGAUUAAAAUAUCAAACAUUUAAGCUAUGUAUGCAUUAUAACAUUAGUAUGCAGUGAAUUUAAAAUUGUAGUAGUGUUACUCACAUUGCAUUAAUACAUAAUUAUGAUUUAAUAAUCAUGUUACUAUCAAGCAACUAUAAUUUUAUAUGCCAGGUUACAUGAACAAUUACUAAUUUUUUAAUGCACUAAUGAUCUAAUGAUCCCUUAAACAUGAAAGUAUGAUUAAAUAAUUUUAAUAGCCCAUGAUUGAUCCAUUAAUUUUAGUGAACCAUUAAAAUAAUCAAUGUUCUGUGUCACUCGGCAUAAAUGUUUUUAAUAAAGAUGUAAAGCUUAUUUUUCAACAUAUUUUCAAUUGUGUGAUAUAAAUGACACUUUAAUUAAAUUAUGGUAUUGAAAGUAUAAUACAGAUUACUGUAUAAUCUUGUUUAUCUGAAAUAUAUUAAAUAUUUCUAUAAUAUGAACAAGAAACAAUAAUUUAUGAUUGUGAUUGUAAUAAUUAUUUGAUUAUAAUAUAAGUUAGUAUUAUUUAUACAUUUUUCUAGAGACACGUGUAUUUUUGAUAAAUGAAACGUAAUUCUUGUUUUAUCAUGUAAUUAUUGAGAUAUUUGUCAUGUAUUGAUAGUCUAUGUAUAGUUCCAAACAUCACAAUAUUAAUCAUUUUUAAUCAUACAAUAGUAUUUAUAGUUAAAUGUUAUAUUUCUGCCCAAAUUUUAUGUGACACGUAUUUACUAUAUAACAUGUACAGAGUUCUAAAGAACCCUUUAUUAUAAUCUAUCCUGUUGUUAUGACAAGAUCUGUUGGAUUGCACUGUAAUACUGUAUUUAGGAAGAAAAGCCUUUAUAAAAACUAUAUUCUUAUUUUUCUGAAUAAAUAAAUUACAAAUGUUUAAA